CACUUCCGGCGGGGCCGGAAGACCCUCUUUCUCACAGGCUCUAGAGGUUCCUGGCGGCUGCCUCAGGACUGGCGGUCUGGACGGCUCCGCAGAGUCCAGGCCGUUGGGUGCGCCACCUGUGUCCUUGACGCCAUGGGCGUGAUAGGUAUUCAGCUGGUCGUUACCAUGGUGAUGGCCAGCCUCAUGCAGAAGAUUAUACCUCACUAUUCCCUUGCUCGAUGGCUACUGUGUAAUGGCAGUUUGAGAUGGUAUCAACAUCCUACAGAAGAAGAAUUAAGAAUUCUUGCUGGAAAGCAGCAAAAAGGGAAAAGCAAAAAAGACAGGAAAUAUAAUGGUCACAUUGAAAAUAAGCCACUGACCAUUCCAAAGGAUAUUGAUCUCCAUCUAGAAACAAAAUCAGUUACAGAAGUGGAUGCUUUAGCGUUACAUUACUUUCCAGAAUAUCAGUGGUUAGUGGAUUUCACCGUGGCUGCUACAGUUGUUUAUCUAGUAACUGAAGUCUACUACAGUUUCAUGAAGCCCUCACAAGAGAUGAAUAUCAGCUUAGUCUGGUGCCUGCUUGUUUUGUCUUUUGCAAUCAAAGUUCUGUUUUCAUUAACUACACAUUAUUUUAAAGUUGAAGAUGGUGGUGAAAGAUCAGUAUGUGUCACUUUUGGAUUUUUUUUCUUUGUCAAAGCAAUGGCAGUUUUGAUUGUAACAGAAAAUUAUCUUGAAUUUGGACUUGAAACAGGAUUUACAAAUUUUUCAGACAGUGCGAUGCAGUUUCUUGAAAAACAAGGUUUAGAAUCUCAGGGUCCUGUUUCAAAACUUACUUUCAAAUUUUUCCUGGCAAUUUUCUGUUCGCUCAUUGGGGCUUUUUUGACAUUUCCUGGAUUACGGCUGGCUCAAAUGCAUCUGGAUGCCCUGAAUUUGGCAACAGAAAAAAUUACACAAACAUUACUUCAUAUUAACUUCUUGGCACCAUUAUUUAUGGUUUUGCUCUGGGUAAAACCAAUCACCAAAGACUACAUUAUGAACCCACCAUUGGGUAAAGAAAGCGUGCCUUUAAUGACAGAAGCUACAUUUGAUACUCUGCGACUGUGGUUGAUAAUCCUGCUGUGUGCCCUACGCUUGGCCAUGAUGCGUAGUCACCUGCAAGCUUACUUAAAUUUAGCACAGAAAUGUGUGGAUCAGAUGAAGAAGGAAGCAGGAAGAAUAAGUACAAUUGAGCUACAAAAAAUGGUUGCCCGAGUGUUUUAUUACCUUUGUGUCAUUGCACUACAAUAUGUGGCGCCCCUGGUAAUGCUGCUUCACACAACUCUGCUUUUGAAAACUCUGGGUAAUCAUUCCUGGGGAAUUUAUCCAGAAUCUGUGUCUGCUUUGCCAGUGGAUAAGAGUCUACCCUCCCAUUCUGUUUACUCUGAAUUGCCCUCAGGUGAUGGGAAGAUGAAGGUAACUGUUACACAGAUAACAGUAGCACUAAGCAGCUUAAAAAACAUUUUCACUCCUCUGCUUUUUCGAGGAAUUCUCUCUUUUCUGACUUGGUGGAUUGCUGCUUGUCUUUUUUCUACAAGCCUUUUUGGGCUUUUCUAUCACCAAUAUUUGACUGUAGCAUGAACCUCGGUUAACAAAGAAAGGAUUUUCAAGUCAUAUUUUGAAUUCAAAUACUUGUGCCCUUGAAGGACUGAUGAAAACCAGAAGAAAGCAAAUACAAAGGAUAAAAGAACAUAUCAGAAUAUCUUUUUUCAAAUGUUUCCUCUGUGUUCUCAGGGUGAAUUAAUGGUAUAUUUAAAACUACAGAGUAGAUUGUUAACUACUAUACUGUGGCAUUGGAAUGUUAACCCCUUGUAUUAACUGACAGGGGAGGGCUAUCUACAAGGGUAAUACUUCUGAUUACCUUGGUUUACAGAAACCUCCAACAGUCUCUGAAAUUUUUCAUAUGACUCCAGUUAUUGAUCGAUUGCUCUUACAGGUAUUAAGGUACUGUUGAUCUUCAUAGUGGGUGCCUAUAGAACAAUCUUCAAACUGAGCCAUGCUUUAGGGAAACAAAAAGAGCAGGUGUUGCUUCUGUUGGUAAUAUAUUAGUCAUUCUUGAAACAAAAGCAAAAUCCAACAGAAAGGAAGAAAUAGCUACUGUAUAUUACAGUAAAGAAAGCUGCAUAGUAAUUUUAAAUUUGAGAGAUGUACGUGCUUAAUAUAUACAAGCACUACUGCUUGAGAGUAGCAAGAGUAUUGUUUCAAGUGUAUUCUGUCCAACUUGAGGGAUAUUUUUAAAUGUUUGGCCAUAUGAACAUUUACAAUCUUGUUGAUAGGUUUGGGCCUUCCAUCUUUUAUUUUACUCUAUGAUCCUAAAUAGUUCUUUUUAAUAGUCUAAACAUAUUUAUCAAUAUUGAUCAGUCUUUAAAGAAAUUACUUUGUAAUCCUGCUGACUACCUGUAUGUAUUGUGUAUAUAUAUUAUAUUAUAUAUUAAAUAUAUAAUAUAUUGAGAUUAUAAAGAUGAAAAUAUUGGAUCCUAUAAUAUUUUAAGUUUCUAAAUGUAUGUUAAAAUGUGAUUGAAUGAGUUGUAUUUGUAUCUAGAAAUUUUCCUUUUGGAAUGAGAUUAAAGUACAUUUUGAAAGUUCCUCAGCAAGCAGUUGUCAUUACCUAUGUGUAAGAGAGUAUUUAAAAUUUUGUAAGUUCUUGUGAUUUCUCUCAAGUUGACAUUGUUCUGUCAUUUUUGAAAAUCAGAAUCAUUCCCACUCCAAACUUGUAGGACAUUAUUUAAAACCCUUGUUAAGUGGGACUUGUCUUUAAUUUGUAGAAUUUGAAUUGAUUUAGUAAUUUAGACCCCCAAAUUGGGGUAAUUUGAAUGAAAAAUUCAAAUGAAAUUGAUCGAAGGGAAAUUUUUAAUUUUUUAAAAUCUAAAAUCCAAAAUGGAGGAUGGAAGUCACAAAAGAAAUGAACAUGUUAUAUAUGUAUCUUAAGGCUGGAGAGGUCAUUUAGACCACCCUUGACCAUGCUCAGGGCUUAUACCUGACUAUGAUGGACUCCAGGCAAACCAUAUGCUCCUGGGUUUCAGACCGGUUCAGCUGUGGUCGAAAGCAAAUAAAUUCCGAACUCCUAUGCUAUCUCUCUUUUGCUACACACAUCUUUUUAGCAACUCAAGUAGCAUACUUUACAAGUGAAUGUACUUUGUCAUGAGAGUUUCAGAGCUAUUUUGAAAGUCUUUGGAAAUUAAUUUCAAGACUUUGACUCACAUUUAUUUGAUCUCAGAACAGAAAUUUAGGGUAGUUAGUUGGGUGAGUGGGGCUUGGCGCUGCACGCAUCUGUGCUUAGGGCUUACUCCUGGCUCUGUGCUAAGAGAUCACUCCUGGCAUUGCUCAAGGGACUUUAUGCAGUUCUGGGAUCAAACCAGUUCAAGACAACUGCCUUAAGGCAAGUACCUAACAAGUACUAACUUUCUUGACAGUCCCAAAUAGCAAGUUCUUGAUUUUUGUUGUAGAUUAAAGUUUUGGGGAAUAGCUGAUUUUUAAAUAAGAUUAAGUAAUAAAUACUUGAGUAAGAUAACUUUUUUGGUUGAAAUGAAUUGUGAAUGUAGCUCAAGAGUAUUUCUAGAGUUAUCACUAACAUUCCAGCAAAGUAUAACAGUAAUUUGUAUGUAAAAGUUUUCACAUGACUUGAGAAGGAUUUCAUCUGAUAUUACAGUCAUUCUUAUUAAAGGACUGUGUUCUAAAAAUUGCAAUUAAAUUAGAACUUUAAAUUUCAGAUAUUGCAUAGUACAUUAGAUUAUAUCAUUGUUGGAUAGAAUGACAUGUAUUUCUCAAAUAUCCUUCAUACAUUUAACCUGUAAUAUUUAGGUGUAACAGAGUUGCACAGUCUCUUAAUUUUAAGUUAAAGGUUCUUUGAUUUUUGGUUUUUUUGGUUCUUUACUUUCAAAGCAGAUGUGAAGAGAAUGAUGGUUAUAGCCACCAAGUGGUUUAUUUAAGCAUAUUGCCUUUGUACCAGAAGCUGUGUUCUUUAAUUCUAAAAGGGUUUAUACUUUAUACCAAAUAAUAGUUUUAAUUGAGAUAUAGUGACAUAAAACCUAGUUAGUAAGUAUACAACAUAAUACUUUGAUAGUAUUAUAAAUAAGUCGAAUUUUUUUUUUAAGUUUUUAAUAUUGAAUUUAGGGAAAAUAUGUAUUGUCACUACAAAUGCUUCUAAGAUAAUUUUUUUAAUAGUUUUGCCAAAUUAAGCUGGAGCUCUUUUUGAUCUUGGCUUUAUGUGAUUUUUGAGUUUGUUGUGUUCUAUUUUCCCUUCUCUGUGUUGCACUAUUUUUUUUUUAAAAGAAGGUCUAUUCUUUCUUCUACCCCUGUUGACUUGUAUGAAAUGUAAAGCAUAUAAUUUUAUCUUAAUAUCUGUGCAUUUCUAUUAUUUUCCCUCAGAGUUCUGCCUCCUGUACAUAAAUGACCGAUCCAUCCAAACAGAAUAUCACAUUGUCUUAUUGUUUCUGAUAUAAAUAUCAUAGGUAAAAUAGUGACAUUUCUUGUUGAAUUAUGAUUCAGAAAAGGUAAUUCAUCCAUUAAUGGAAUUGAUAUAUCCAGGAAGCAAUAAGUAGAAUUCAUUAUGAAAUCUAUAAUUGGAACUUCACUAGAUAGAUUUUAUUCUUUCAAAUGGAAGAUUAAAUUCUCAGUACUGCAAGGCAUAGGGUUUCAGCAUUCCCUGAAUUCAUACAUACUUUUCUGAACUGUCUGAUAAUUCACAAUAGUCUAUUGUGGUCAUAUGGCUCUAUUCAGAAAAAUAAAACUAAAUGAAUUUUGCACUUGGAUUAGUCUUCAGAGAUGAAAUAAAGAAUGAAAUGUAAACACAUCACUGAUCCAGAGCUGGAACCCAUUGUCUCUAGUAGUCAUGGAAUGUCUUUUUAAGUUUCAUUCAUCUUUUUAUGCUUAGACCCUGGCUUUCUAACUGAAGCUGUUAUGUGCUGUGUAACUCUGAAGUGAACACUUGGUAUGAUCAUACGUUUUCCUUGCUUAAAAUAGUAGACAUAAAAACAUUUUUUUUUGUUUUGUUUUGUUUUUGGGUCACACCCGGCGAUGCACAGGGGUUACUCCUGGCUCUUCACUCAGGAAUUACCCCUGGCGGUGCUCAGGGGACCAUAUGGGAUGCUGGGAUUAGAACCGGGGUCGGCCGAGUGCAAGGGAAACGCCCUACCCGCUGUGCUAUCGCUCCAGCCCCAUAAAAACAUUUUUUAACUGUUUAAAAAAACUAGUUUUUCGAAUUUCUUCUGCUAUUCUUUAACAAACUGUUAUUUUGGUUGUGCCUGUCUUUAAUGAUUCAGAGUCUGUUUUCUGUCCCAUUGUGAGUUUUUUUUCCUCUUUAGUCUUUUUCUUUGUAACUCUCUAUGUGGUGGUUAUUUCUCACAUCUCUCAUUGGGCAAAAGUAUUUUUAUAAAUGAAGUAGCAGCACAGAUUUUAGAUAGAAUGUUUAUUUAAGAAUCAGGGUGCCAUUCAUUACCCAUUUCUGCCUGUAAUUAGUUGAGGUUUUUUGCAUUAAAUAGAGAAUUAUCCUUUGACAUAUUUUGUGAAAUAAAAUAGUUUAAAUGUA